GCGGCUUCCGCCGGGCUGUGCGGAUGGCGUCCGGGCCGGCGGGCGAGCGGAGCCGGGAGCAGCGGGAGCGGGAGGCGCUGCUGGCACAGGCCAAAAUUAGUAGUGAAAAGAAGGAGAGCUGCAAGCUGUUAAAGGAUCUGCGAGGUGAAGAUACAUGGAUGCCUGCUGAUGUGAAGGAACGUGUGGAACCACUGGAAAAGGAACAUUCUGUGCAUAAAAAGAAGAAAAAGGAUAAACAUUCCAAAAAAGCUAAGAAGGAAAAGAAGAAAAGUAAGAAACAGAAAUCUGAAAAGAAGGAUGACAUACUUGAUAGUUCUUCCGAUUCUUCAGUUGAAUGGGUUGAGUCAAAUGUGUCACAGUCAGAUAACACAGAAGAGGCUUGGAAGGUCAACAAGCAACCAGAUGCUGCGAAAGAACCUUCCCUGCAGAGAGAAGAAUGGAUGAAUUUAAACUUCAUGUCAUUGAAAACAACGUCAGUAGCAGCUGUCAAAGGUGAAAGACACAAAGAAAAAGUAUUGGAACGGCAGAAAGCUCAAGAACUUGAGCAGGCCAUGCUGUCUGAAAGAGAACUCAAUCCCUAUUGGAAAGAUGGUGGUACAGGUUUGCCACCAGAGACGGAUGAAGAGGCUUCAGUUAAGAAAGUUACAGUCGUAGAAGAUGCUGGAUUAAGUUGGCUGCGAAAAUCAUACCAAAGGAUGAAGGAGCAGGCUGAGAGAGAGAAGCGAAAUUUUGAUGAAAUUGUAGCUGAGAGAUAUGGGUCAGUGGAGGUAUUUCAGUCACGGUUAGAAGAAGCUGAAAAAGCUGCAUCCAAAAAGGAAAAUUAUCAUAGAAGUGGAAGAUGGAAGAAGACUGACUAUUCAGAAAGUGAGAAAGAGAUGAAAGACAAGAAAGAACAGCAUAUUGAAAAGGUGACACGUGAUGAAGAUGAUAGAGACAGACACACAUUUGGGGGCUAUUCCAGGGAGAAGUAUGGCAAGGGGUGGGCGCAGGAAGACAGGGGUUACAGAAGAGAUGUGUCAAGAGCAGACCAGGAAUGUGGACACAGCAGCAUGGACUCAGUACCAAGGGGCUGCAGCUCCAAAGCAGAAAAAUACUGCAGUGAAAAACGAAAUCAGGAAAAGAGUUCAUCUCUAAGCAAUUUGAAACACAAAUUUUUGAAACCUUCUGAUGAUGAUUUAACGUCUUACAGUGCAUCCAGAGAUUCCAAGUUAAAGCAGUUCCCUUCGAAGGAGUACUCAGCUCAUAGCUCUUUGAGCAGCCGUUUCCAGAAACCCGGUGAGGAUACUGCACUGUGGACCAAAACACACACAGAAGAUAGCAAUGAGAAAUUAAAGUCUGAUCAAAAACCAUCAGGUACUGGGGAACAAAUUGAUGACAAGAGUUGGAAAAGAACUCCAAGUGAUGAAAAAGAGAAGUCGCGACAGGAACAUACAAGUGAUACCCCUGAGAAGAAACAGAUUUUAUCUGACAGUAAAACAUCAUCCUCUAGAUCAUCAAAGGAUGAGCCACCUCAGGUCCUUAGUGAAGAGGAGAUGAACAGAUUGGGAGCAAGGAUUGUGAAAGCAGAACUCAUGGGAGACACGGAUUUAGCUUCAGAACUUCAAGCCAAACUUGACAGUGCUCGCAAGUUGAGAGAGACUCAGGGACAGAUUCCAGCAAAGGCUGGCAGAGAGGCUUCAAGCCGUCAAGAAGAUGAACAAGUGGUCCUUGUGAGAACAGAUGGAAGUGGAAGGGCAUGGCCUGUGAUGGGACCAACAGAGCCACUGGAGCCAAAAGGAGGACGAAGAAAGCAGCAGAUGAUGCCUACUCAUGUAAAUAAAGAGCGAGUAAGGUAUUUUCAGGAUGAUGAUAGUAUGAACCUGAAGGAUUUGGUCAAAAAUGAGAAGAUGAGAACAGCAGAGGAUCAAAAUUCACUGUUCAUGCGUAUGGCAUCAAAGCUCAUGGAAAAAACAGACAGAGAGUACUACACUCUGGAUGACAUGUUUGUUUCCAAAGCAGCCAAGAGAGCACGCAGUGGGGAAGAGGAGGAAGUACAAAGAAGAAAAGCAAUCCGUGAGCACCAGCAACUCGCUGCAUGCAUGGAAAAGUGCCCCUACUGCUUUGAUAGCAGUGAACUUUCUAAACAUCUUAUUAUUGCAAUUGGCACCAAGGUGUACUUGUCUCUACCAAGCAGCCAGUCCCUUACUGAAGGUCACUGCCUGAUAGCCCCUCUACAGCACCAUACUGCAGCCACUCUUUUGGAUGAAGACAUCUGGGAAGAAAUCCAGAUGUUCCGAAAUGCAUUGGUGAAAAUGUUUGAAGCUAAAGACUUGGACUGUGUGUUCCUAGAAACAAACAUGAGUAUGAAGAAGAGGUAUCAUAUGGUAUAUGAAUGCAUUCCUCUUCCAAAAGAAGUAGGAGAUAUGGCUCCAAUCUACUUUAAGAAAGCUAUAAUGGAGUCUGAUGAAGAGUGGUCCAUGAACAAGAAGUUAAUUGAUCUUUCUUCAAAAGACAUUCGGAAAUCUGUUCCUAAAGGGUUGCCGUACUUUUCUGUGGACUUUGGCCUUCAGGGAGGAUUUGCUCAUGUGAUUGAAGAUCAACACAAUUUCCCUCAUUACUUUGGAAAGGAAAUUAUUGGUGGUAUGCUGGACUUGGAACCACGGCUCUGGAGAAAAGGAAUCAGGCAGAACUUUGAGGAGCAGCGGAAAAAGGUGUUGCAGUUUGCACAGUGGUGGAAACCGUAUGACUUCACCAAAAAGAAAGAAUGAGAACAACCUGGAGUCAAGGACUAUAUAAGCCAUGAAUUACACUAAAGGAUACUUCAAAUGUUAGGAGUAACACCAAUGUGUUAUGUGUGGCUAAUAUAUUUUAAAAUAUAGGAUAUUGGUUAAUUGCUGAUGAUCUGUUUCUGUUUUGGACACUGGAUCACCUGCAAGCCUGAAAAAUCAGAUUUGUACAGUGAGUUUACUUUUUCCUUUUUCAGCUGAGUCAAAAGGAUAAUAUCCAUGUGGCCAUUUGAGUUCUUAAAAAUGUAACUUUUGCUUUUGGAGUUUUUAUAAUCUUUGAGACAACUAAUAUUUUUUAUAUUGUAUUAAGCCAGUGCUUAAUUAUCAUGGUGAACUUUUGUCAAAAAUGGUGUACAUUUUAAGAACAUUUUGAUUAAUACAAAUACAUUGCUACAGAAGGAAAUUGUACAGAAAAUAGUCUUCUGAUUUUGUGUCUUUGUGGUCUUUAAAUUAAGGUCAUUGCAGUAACACAAACAUUCACAAAGAAUGUGAUUGAUAAACCUGCUGUUGCCCCCCUGCACAAGAAUGAAUGCAAUUGUUUUGUACUUUCUUUCAACAUAAAGUAGUGUUUUUCAGGCACAAAGGAUAAUGAGACAGUCCAUAGCUGAUGGGAAAUGACAGCUUUAAUAGUUACUUUUGGUAACAGUGAAAGAAGAAUCUCAAGGGAAAAUGCUCUCUGAUGGCAAGCAAAGAAGAAAAUCAUCAAAGGGAUCUCCCAGGUGACUCUUCUCCCCUGGGUGUCCCCUCUCGUGCCACAGGUGGUUUUUGGUAAUACUUUGCCCCAAUAGUUUUCAUCAAGACCAGCUCAAAAUCCCUGCUUGUUUUUCCUGCUUGUGAGGCUGUUAGAGCUGGUUGAAGCACGCUCUGACCAGAGGCAAGAGUUGCAUGUAAUUGAUUGUUAAGCAUGGAUGUCACUAGGAACUGCCUGCAUGCUGUUUCAAGGACCACUUUCCAACAUUUAUUUGCUAGAUUUUUUUCUUUUGUGUAAAAGAUGUGAAAUGAAGGUAGGGAAGCAUGAGGUGGGGAAAAGAUGAUUCUUGCUUCAGUGUCCACCACUUCUGCAGAAAGCCUGACAUAGUAGGCUUGGACUUUGCAGGUAGUGAGCUGGGAGAGCAAGGAGAACAGGAGACCAGAACAGAAGGACAUGGAUAGAAGCAUUACAGCAGCACAAGGGAAGGGAUGCAGACUUGUGAACAGAAGGCUGCAGUGCUUCAGGGAAAGGCUGCAAAUGGUGGAAGGUGGAAGGCCCUUGCAUAGGAUAGGUUAAGGCUUUGUCUAAGUGUCUCAAUGUACUUCUGGUUAUUUUCCUUCUGAACUAUUGCUCUAUACAGCUCUGUUAACUACUGUGAACUGCUCAGAUUAAGGAAUGGAUACUAAACAUUUCAGGGUUGUUUAGGUGUUUAUUUAUAGUCCCUUGGUGGUCUUUUACAGCUUUGCUGAAGAUCUGGUGUUUUCCCUGUUCCUGCCCCACUGCCACAUUUUGGCAAAUAAGUCUGGUAGAGAUAGGAAUCUGCUGUGUUGUGAAUUAUUUUCUGUAGGAAAAUAAUUCACAACAUUUUAUUUGGUGCCACUGCAAGAGAAGUCACUUAAAAGUAAGCUUUGAUGAUGAUUGUAGUCAUCUAAUAUCUGAUUUACACUGUGUUCACCAGCAAGCUGUGGAUAAAGGGACAGUUCUCCUGUUCUCCUUAGGCUAUUGUGAAGAUUGCUUAGCACAUAGGAUGUGAAAUGGUAACUGCUAGUAGUUGCUUAGAAUGUAGCAAUGCUGAACCAAAUUUAGCUAAAGCACAGUCUUUGGUGGUGUAAAGCAUGACUAAAAAUUGCUUUCUCUGAAAGCAUAUGUAGCCUCCAGUCUCAUCGGCCUCCUGGGGUGAUAGCUGGAAGCAGCAGAGGUGGCUUUCUUUUAAGGCUGUAGAAAAGUCUUUAUCCAAUGCUGUGCCAGAAAUGGAGUUCUUCCGACAUCACUUCUCUCAGAAUUUGUGUUCCUCAAGGGAAGUGCUAUGUUUCACAAAGAAUAUGCAACUUGUGGGUAGAAAAGUUCUCUGACUCAUGGUCCAUGCAUAUUUUAUUAUUCUGCUUUCAGCAAAACUACAAAACUACUGGUAUUGUUUGGAAAGGACUCUGAAAUAUGGGGUAAGAGUUACUCAAGCUAGUGAUACAGGAAAAUGUUCCUUACCCUUUUAGAAGUUUUCAAAAUGGGAGACUGUGUUUACUACAUACACUGAGAAGGGUAUCUUGUCAGAAUUGGUCAGAGACCAGAAAAGCAUCUGGUCAGGUUAAGCUGUUCCUCCUCAUAAGUAACUCUAAAUAUUCAUGAGAAUGUGACAGUAAACACAACUUGUUAGGGCACUUUUAGAAGGCAUGGUGUGCUUGGACUUCAGUCCUUACUCUUAUCAAUACCAAAAAAAUUUUAAAUAGACCUCUUUCAUGUAGAAGAAUACCCAAUAACUAAGUUCUUUAGCAGUAAGAUAGAAAAUAUUAAUUCAGGUGUUUAUAGGGAAAUCAAGCUGGGACAGACUUGGAAAAUUCAUCUUGUCUGGUCUCAAAACCAAACUGUAUCUAUCUCUCAUUCAACAUUGGCAAGUGACCAAGAGCUGUGUAUCAAUGGCCAGAAAUUGCAAACCAGAAAAUCUUGAUUAAAAACAUUAUCUCAAAGAUAGUGGCCCAAGAAGAAUACGUUAAACUUUAUUCAAAAUGUUAAUUGUGCUUGUGGGUUUUUGCUAAAUUUGUUUUUACUGCACGUAUGCUCUAGGGUACUUGCUUUACAAAAACUAAACAUUUAAAAUAAUGAAUUGAUGCAUUUUCAGUUCAAAUACAGACCUUAAAAGUCGGCUCCUCAGAGCAAUUUCAGGCUGCCUGCUGCCCUCAGACCACAUGUACAAAGGUACAAGCUUGAGCCCUGAGGAAUGAACCUUUUACAAGUACCCACACAGGAUGAGCUCAGACUCUGCUUUCUCUAACAUAACCAAUGUGCGAGAUAUGCCUCUGUGUACAGGGUUUGGGUCACACCCAGGAGCCAGGGAGGGUAAAGAUGCUUUGUACUCUAGUGUCUAGUCCUAGUUUACCCAGGAUAUUUAAGAUCCAGUUUACAAACAGCUAUACUUAAAGCAAGAGUAUAGCAGCCUGUGUUUCCAUGACUUUUAACCUGUAGUCAAUUAGAACAACAUACUUUAAUGAUAAAAUGACAAAUGCAGAAAACAGGAAAUGCUGAAGAAAUUUCAACCUAAGAAUUGUCAGGCCAUCCAGAAAAAUCUUUCUUCUUCCAUGAGAUUUCAAGAGAUUGGUGAACUGCCAUGAGAAUUACUAUAUAUUUUAACAUGUUUUCCUAUCAGAAGAGUAGCAGCACCUAUUUAUUACAUGAUCUUCUUGUAACACAGGGCAAAACAUGGAUAUAAUCCAAUACCUGUUAAAUCACAUCUGUAGAUUCACUUGAAGAAGAUCUUUCUCUUCCCUGGUCACACAAAAGAGUGCAGAGAAGCACAUUUAUACCAACAUAAGAAAUCAAGCUUCCAAUCCUUGCUGCAACUUCUGAUCCCCUCAUUCUUGCUACAGAUGUGUCUGCUGUGGGCACCUCAAGUACCAAAUGCAGUAGGAAGAGCUGCUUUAUUAGAGUUAGAAACUAGUAUCAUCUGUAAAAGGUGAGAUGGAAAGGAAUGAUUAUCCAGGAUUAUAUUCUGGUUUUCCAUAGGAAAAAAAUGGCCUGAAAUUCAGACAUUGCUGUUAUACCUUUCUCAUUCAUCUGCUUGGUCUGGUCCCUUCCCAGCCUCUUGCACAUUCAGAGCACUGAGGGGGCAGAGGGAGAAACAGGAGAGGCCUUGAUGUUGUGAAAACACUGCUCAGCAAUAUGUGAAACUUUAGUGUCCUAUCAGCAUUAUUUUGGUCACAGAUCUAAUUCACAGCACCGUGCAAGCUCUGCCCUCUGCUAUUGGCAGAUAGUGUCAGGGCCACUACUCAGCAGGAGUUUUGAGAGGCUUGGUUGAAAUUAUGUGCCAUGAGUUCUUGCUGUUAUUUACAGUCAGGUUGGUUGAAAGCAUAUACUUUUAAAAGCAUAUACUACUGGUCGUUCCUGAAAACUCUGAGGAAAAUAUUGUCUGUAAUGAAAACAGAUUCAGGGUUUUACAAGCCCUGAACAACUUGAUAGGCUUUAGAAGGCAGAGUGGAAAGAUAAUUUUGCUAUUAUCUCUUUUUACAAACAGCACAUGACUUCAUGAGAGGUUCCUGUUCACCAGCUCCCCACUUUUAUUGAAGUGUAGACUUCUGUGGAAAGCUUUUGAAUUAUUUUCUCUUUAAAGCAAAAAUACUAUGGCCAGUAUUGGAACAGAAACAGAUGAUAUGGAAUUCAUCUGACAUCAUUGUGAGUAGUUCUUGUCUCUGUAUAUACCUAUUUGCAAGACUGUGAGUAAAUAGCAUCUUAUACUUCCUAUCAAAUAAAAAAAAAACUUUAAAAAAACUUUGUUUUAAAAUGGGAAAAAAAAAAAAAGAAUAUCAUCCUCCAAGGAAAUCAUAAUCCGCAGAACUUUGAUCUUCAGAGCUCCUUAUAAGCAAGAACUUUGUGGUCUGAAGGUUUAGACAGACACAGCUCCCUCUGACAGCUGUGAAUCUAUUGUCUCUUUGGACCAAGUGAAUUUCCCCCAAGCCUUUGCACAUGCCCUGCCCCAGCCCAGCACCUGGGAUUUGGGUUGCUUAGGGCACCUAGAAAAUCCUCUCAGAUUCCAGCUCCUUUUGCAUCCGCUUUAGUUGGACACAUCAUCCUUGAAGUGCUCUUUGUCCAUGAACAGAGUUUCAAAUGAUUUAUGACUGCACAGUCUUUUAUUUUUAGCUUCUGUGCAAAUCUUCCAAAUCAAAUCUUGAUGGGAACUUCUGUCUGUGAUGAUUUUAUUGUCUUCAUUUCCACUAAUGAAAAACAAGUAGAGUCUUGCAGUUAAACUGUGUGGUUGUUUGCCUUACUGUAUUUUUUACACAAAUCAAACUGGAAUACAGGUAGAUGAGAGCAGUAAUAUAAUUCUGGCAUAUUAAAUAAUUAACUUUAAAAAGGUCAGUGAAUCUCUUCCUAACAAAACAGCACUGCUAGAAAGCUUUGAUUGUUUUUUAAUGUUGGGAAGUGGGGACAUGGAAGAGGAUUGUAAGGACUCACACGAGGUUGUGAGCUGGGUGAUGCAGUUGGCACAACAGAAGGAUGGGAUGCCUUCCUGUGGGGCUGGACAAGCUUGGGAAGUGGGCCCAUGAGAACCUCAUAAGGUUCAACAAGUCUAAGUGCUACUUCUGGCUCAGGGCAAUCCCAGACUUGAGAAGAGACUGGGAAAAGAAGUCACAGAGAGCAACCUGGCCAAGAAGGAUGUGGUGGUGCUGGUGGAUGAGAAACUGGAUGCAAUAUGUCAUUGUGUGCUCACAUCCCAGAAAGCCAGUUCUGUCCUGGGAUGUAUCAAAAGCAGUGUGGCCAGCAGGGCAAGGGAGGUGAUUCUACCCCUCUGCUCUGCUCUGGUUUUUAUCAUCAUGUGAUUCCUCAGUUUUUAUGUUACUGUGGUCUUUUGUGUGUCUGCAUUAUGUGGGCAAUAAAAUUGUGAGGUUUCAUUUUCUUAAAUUACUGUAUAUGCAUUACUUGGUUUAUGCAGAUAUCUUUGUGCAACUUCUGGUUGAUGUGUUUUCACUUCACAGAAGAUUUCUGGCUAUGCAGUUUUCAUUGCUUUUUUUUUUUUGAGUUUUGCUGUUUUGCUGGGUUUUGUUUUGCCCUGUAACACACUGACUGCAGUAUGUCUUUCAGGGUGCCAACCAGAGUGCUUCUCCUGUGUGGUAUUGUGCUUAGCUCCUGUGCAUAUCACUGGCUCUCAGUUAGGUAGACUGGUACUGCCUGAUCCUGGGGAGUCCUUGGAGACCUGUGCUGCUCCCUUUCCUAAUGGCUGGAGUCUUGGAGAGAGGGUUUGUUUAUUGGAGCUGGGCUGCAUGGUUAUUGAUUGCCUCCCCCUCAUGAAAGGGGUCUGUUGUGCAAGAGGAGAGGUCUUGGGGAAUAAUCUAAGAACUAUCACUCUCACCUUCUCAGGAACCGUGUUUCACAUCUGGAUCAGCUUAUUAAGGAUAUUUACUAAUGAAGCCCCAGUAAGGUGACACAGCAGCCAAUUAUUUUUUGCACUGAGUUUCCACUUGUUUAAUGACUGACAGCAGGACCUUUUAAAACUGCAGGCCUGACAACUUUGUAAUAAUCAGUUAUUUCAGUUUAGUCUUUAACAGCAUGUUUAAAUCCCAACCUGAAUCCCCAAAUAUAAUCACAUUACAGACCAAUUAUUCUGCUCGCUGAGUCACUUUGUCAGUUUGACAGCAUGCCUGGCAUAAAAUUUCGAAUCCUUUCAAUUCUUUGAUUAAAGAAAUGAAUUAAUUCAGAGUUUUAUUUUGUUUGGAGAUAUGGAAGUCUGACUCUCCCACUGAUUCAUAGUCACCAUUUGAAGCUGGAGAGUUCUCUUUUGUGGUAAAUAUAGCGAGUAGUCACAGUUCUGGGCAAAAUCUUUGGUUUUGCCAUGCUGUGGUGCAGAUCCCUAUUUGAAGGCCUACUCUCUGCUUUUUUGCUUGUAUUGGCCAGAGGUUGACAGUAUUUCUAGCAGCCAUGAAUGGCCAAUGAGACAGAUAAUUGUGAAGAUGGAGUGGAUCCGCACAAAGGAUUCCUUCCUGAUGGAUUAUCAUUUAAAACAAAUAUACAGAGAAUAUAAAGAUGUGUAGAGAGAGUUUGGAACUGGGAAAUAAUCCUUUUGAAUAAGCAGGUCCUCAGUUUGGAAGUUAGCAAAUAUUCAUAGUGUUUGACCUUCAGAAUAUUUGGUUGGCUUAGAAAAGUUGGGUAUCUGCAGCCUGCAGUGAGAGAACUGUUAACAAAAUCACACUAUCAUAGGUCUCUGAUAUAUCUUUCUGCUCAUUAUAAUGGGAAAGGACUAGUUUUAGUUUUGGCAUUUUGAAAUGUUUCUCAAAUACCACAAACACGUUAUGAUUUGGAAUUUACAAAUAUUGCACUGCUAUCUGCAUGCUGCAGACCAAAUCAGCUGCUGUGCUGGCUGUUGCCCAGUCACAUAAUUAGGCCAUGCAUGUCAUACAGCAUUAACAAAAACCCCACCCAGAGCAGAGGAAAGUUCAUGCUUUUCAUUGCAGUGCUGCUAAUCAGGAAUGACCUACAGAGAGAUCAGAGCUGGGGCAGGGUUCCACUUCACAGUGUGCAGUCCCUGCUGGGCAGAUGUGGGCAGCACAGGGCAAUGUUUGGUGAGAGGGAUGAUAAUCCACUCAAAAUUAGGAAAAGGAAAGAUAUUAGAGAGCCACCUAAGGGCAUAACAGGAAUGUGUAGGGAUACAAUCAGAAGGACUAAAAUGUGAUGUGGGUCCAGUGACUUUUAGGCUCAUGAAAGAUGAGGAGAGAGGUUUAACACCUACACUAAGAGGAAGGCAAUGACACCACGGCAUCAUUGCUGAGUUAAGAAGAUUCUCUGAUAACUGAUGGUGCCAAAGAGAUAUGAAGUAAUUUUGGCUUUUAACUUUAUAAAAAAGAAUAAUUUUGACCAGACUCUAAACACAAUUAAGUUUUCAAAGGGGAAAAUAGUUGUCAGCAGUAAGGAAAGAAGAGAUAGAACAAAAUACCCAGUAACUUGCAUGUGUGUCAGUGUCUAAAAAAUCAGCAAGAAACUAUGUGGAUGCUGUAGAAUGUUUGGGGAAAGGUGAUAAUGCUGUUAAUAAAUAUUUACAGAUACAUUCAAAUAUGGUAUGUGUAAAGUUGCCUAGACCUAUAUCCCAUAGCUUUGUUCCUGUUCUCAAGGACUUUUGAGGGGGGUGGGGGGAAGAAGCAAGCAAGCUUUCAAAGAGAAUGCAUUUUUUUUAAUGUUCUCUUCAUGAGAAUCUUCACACUUCCUUUAAAAGUUACCUUUCCAUCUAAGCAAAGCUUUCAGUAUUUCUACUUUGAGUUUUCUGUCAUUAUGCAGUCUAAAUAAAAUUCAUCUUUGAAAAAUUUCUUUCAGAUAGAGCUUUACUGCCAAGAAAGAGAGUAUAAUUUUCACUUUUCUCUUGGGAGUUUGUGCAGCAGAAAGGUUGUUUUGAAGUGCACAAAACCUGCUCUUUGUGCUGGGUAAUUUUGCACCCUCCAGUGGCCAUGAAGCUUCUUUUUUAGUCCUGAAUUCCCUGAAGUAGACAGAACACACUGCUGAAGGAAGCAAAAUGUUCAGAUUCUGAAAGCCAUCUGUGUGCUUUUUUCCUAUAAUCAAAUAAUCCACAGCUGUUUCCAAAAGAAUGUAUUUCAUUAACUCUGUGCUUUUAUGAAUAUUUUCUUCUUCUUUACACUGUACUCUACCACUGCUGGAGAAAAAAAUGUAAAUCCCACAUGUGACAUUCUGUUUAUGUUUAAUAACUGCUGUAGGCAGGCAGGAGUCCUGCAGCAUUUUCUUGUCACCUUUGGCAAGUUUUG